AUGGCUGAGAUGGCCCCGGAGGACAGAGGGCUGGGGACCAGGGCUGCUCCCCAAGAUGCCUCGGGCCUCCAGGACAGCUUAUUCUCUUCUGAAAACGACAGCAGCCUGUACUUCACCUACAGCGGCCCGUCCAACACCUUGGAGGUCCGAGGCCUCAGCUACCAGGUGGAUGUGGCCUCCCAGGUGCCUUGGUUUGAGCAGCUGGCUCAGUUCAAGAUGCCUUGGGCAUCUCCCAAGGACUCUUGUGAGCUGGGCAUCCAGAACCUGAGCUUCAAAGUGAGGAGUGGGCAGAUGCUGGCCAUCAUAGGGAGCUCAGGUUGUGGCAGAGCCUCUUUCCUGGACGUGAUCACCGGGCGAGGCCACAGUGGCAAAAUUAAGUCCGGCCAAAUCUGGAUCAACGGGCAGCCCAGCACCCCGCAGCUGGUGAGGAAGUCUGUGGCCCACGUGCGCCAGCAGGACCAGCUGCUCCCCAACCUGACCGUCCGCGAGACCUUGGCUUUCGUCGCCCAGCUGCGCCUGCCCAGGACCUUCUCCCAGGCCCAGCGUGACAAGAGGGUGGACGACGUGAUCGCCGAGCUGCGGCUGCGGCAGUGUGCCAACACGCGCGUGGGCAACACCUACGUGCGGGGGGUGUCGGGGGGCGAGCGGCGGAGAGUCAGCAUCGGGGUGCAGCUGCUGUGGAACCCAGGGAUCCUCAUCCUGGACGAGCCCACCUCCGGGCUCGACAGCUUCACGGCCCACAACCUGGUGAAGACCCUGUCCAGGCUGGCCAAGGGCAACAGGCUGGUGCUCAUCUCCCUGCACCAGCCUCGUUCCGACAUCUUCAGGCUCUUCGACCUGGUCCUCCUGAUGACAUCGGGCAUCACCGUCUACUUGGGGGCCGCCCAGCACAUGGUCCAGUAUUUCACGGCGGUCGGCUACCCCUGUCCUCGCUACAGCAACCCUGCUGACUUCUAUGUGGACCUGACCAGCAUCGACAGGCAGAGCAGAGAGCAGGAAGCGGCCACCCGGCAGAAAGCACAGUCACUGGCAGCCCUGUUUCAGGAGAAAGUGCGCGACUUCGACGACUUUCUGUGGAGAGCAGAGGCCGGGGAGCCAGGCAUGAGAAAAAUGAAGCUUACAGAGGUUCACUGACGUGGCCAAGGUCACAGGGUGGUUGCAGGCUGUUCCCUUGGCAACCCUUUCUUUUGUUUUUUAAGUCGUCAGAUUUCCAACGACUUUCGAGACCUGCCAACCCUCCUCAUCCACGGGGCGGAGGCCUGCCUGAUGUCCCUGGUCAUCGGGUUCCUCUAUUACGGCCACGGGGCCGUCAAGCUCUCCUUCAUGGACACGGCCGCCCUGCUGUUCAUGAUCGGAGCGCUCAUCCCGUUCAACGUGGUCCUGGACGUCAUCGCCAAAUGUCACUCCGAGAGGGCAAUGCUUUACUAUGAACUAGAAGACGGGCUGUACACCGCUGGCCCAUAUUUCUUUGCCAAGGUCCUCGGGGAGCUUCCCGAGCACUGCGCCUACAUCGUCAUCUACGGGAUGCCCACCUACUGGCUGGCCAGCCUGCGGCCGGGCCCCCAGCCCUUCCUGCUGCACCUCCUGCUGGUGUGGCUGGCCGUCUUCUGCUGCAGGCUCAUGGCCCUGAGCGCGGCCGCCCUGCUGCCCACCUUCCACAUGUCCUCCUUCUUCGGCAACGCUCUCUACAACUCCUUCUACCUCACCGCGGGCUUCAUGAUCAGCCUGAACAACCUGUGGACAGUGCCGGCCUGGAUUUCCAACGUGUCCUUCCUCCGGUGGUGUUUCGAGGGGCUGAUGCAGAUUCAGUUUAAAGGGCAAACUUACCACCUGGCGGUUGGCAACCUCACCUUCCCCAUCCCGGGGGACAAAAUCCUCAGCUCCAUGCACCUGGGCUCGCACCCGCUCUACGCCAUCUACUUCAUUCUCAUCGGCAUCAGCGGUGGCUUUGUGGCCCUGUACUACGUGUCCUUGAAGUUCAUCAAGCAGAAGUCAAAGCAUCUCACAUCCUUGGUUCCCCACGCUGGAGCUUUAACAAAUGCCAGUGUGGCCCAACCCCUAGAGAUUCUGAUCCCACUGGGUCAGAGAGCAAAUAGUUUAGGCUUUGAGGCCACAAGGCCUCUGUCACAGCUAAUCGACUCUCGUUGCAAUGUGAGAGCCGCAGGCCUCUCCAGAGUGCGGUGGUGUGGCCGUGUUCCAACGGAACACUCACAGAAGCGGGCGGCCUGCUGGACUUGGCCCCAGGCUCUGGUUUGCAGACUCUCCAUGAAAACGUAG